AUGGAUGGUCUUUCAGCAGACGAAGACUUCUAUGCCAUUCUCGAAAUCGCGACAACAGCAGAUAGCUCGGCUAUAUCAGCGAGCUACCGGCGCUUGGCAAGACUACGACACCCGGACAAGAGCCCAGGAAAUCCUCAGGCUACUGCUGCAUUUCAGAAGCUCCACGAAGCAUACUCCGUUUUGAUAGACGCCAAGAGCCGGGCAGACUACGAUUACAACCACCUACGCCCAUCGUGCAGAACUAAGAGCCCCAAAAACAAGAAGAGAUUUAGGUACAAGUUCUACUCCUUCAAUAUUAGUGAGAAGUGGGAACGCCGAUCAAGCUCGAACCAUGACGGCCCUUCUUCGCCGCCGCCAAUGGUAGACUUGCUAGCUCAUGGUAUUCAAAACAUCCGCAGACAAGUCAACGAGGACGAUACCACCCUAGUCAGGGAAAAGGCGAUCGCGAAAGAUCUUGUAGCUCGGAUAGAUGGUGUAUGGAGGCAAAUCCAUGGGACCGAGGAAUCGCUAAAACAAAUGGACGACGAGAUUUUGUUUCUUUCAAACAAAAACAAGCUUCUGGGGUCGGGUUACUGUAAACUCGAUGACCUGGCAACAACGGGAAGUGGUUCAUGGGCAGAGGGGCGCAAAGUCGUGCUGUUGGAAAAGCGGCAAUGUUUGCAAAGUGUGAUGGUGCAGCUUCGCCAACAACUGGAGACAUUUGCAGCUUUGUUAAGAGCUCAUAUCACCAAGUCCAAGGAAUUGAUAUCCAACAAACUUGAAAAAGAGGAAAAGCUACACGCUCUUUGCAAAGCUUGGCGAGCACGAGAGUUUCACGGAGGUGAAGAAAGUGCUGAGUCGGAUAGUUGGGGCGGAUGGGACGGCUGGUGCUGCUGGGAUCGCCAUGAAACAGAUACCAGCUGUGAGGAAGACAAACGUGAAGAACAAAAGAAAUGGUGGGAGGAGGAGGAGGUAGAGGGAUGCAGCAGCUGGGAGUCUUGGGAAUCUCCUGAUAUAAGUGCGGCGGGAGACGACUGCACUAAUGGAGCUGAAACGACCGAACCCGAUCUGAUCGAUCUCCAGGAAAUGAACCAUGAGAAUAGUGCUGGCUUCCAGGUUGAGAGCAAUCAAUUUGGAAGCAUGGAAGAUGAAGAAGAUUCGGUUUCGUCGGCAGGGCCCAUAUGGACAGAUGAGUUUGAUGUGGACCUUGUGAAGCGAGAUGGGAACAACAGUGUGCCUAAAGAAGGCGGUUCUCGACACGCUUUGGAAAAUGCUUGGUGGCCUGAGGCGGACAAAGAUAGAGAAACUGCUCGGGGCUGGGAGAUAUAUGAAGACGAACGACGACAGGCUUCGUGGCAGGAGUGGUAG